CACACCUCUUACAGCACUUCUUCCUGACAGCCAUGGGCUCAACAGGUCUCUCUCUGUUGGGUCUCUUUGCACUCAUCAGUAUCUCUGAUCUUCAUCCAGUCAGUCGUCCUCACAAUGGACUUCGCGAGUGCCGCCAAAACAGCAGUACACCAGCACUGGAGGUCCUCCCAGGUGGAGGGUGGGACAACCUGCGUAAUUUGGACAUGGGGAGAGUGAUGAACAUGAGCUAUUCCCAGUGCCAGACCACUGAGGACGGGGUCUAUCUUAUUCCAGAUGAGGUCUUUGUCAUUCCGCAGAAGGUGAGCAAGGUGGAGAUGAACUCUGAGAUCAUCAGUUCAUGGCUUGAACAGAGAAGCUCCACGUCAGGCUCCAUUAAUGCAGAUGGAUCGUUCUUCUCAGUCCUUAACUGCAAGUUCUCUGCUGAGAACCAACGCAUGAAAACCCAUCAAGUCAAUUACAAUUCUGUCACAGCACGGGUGCAGGUGCGUAACCAUCUGUACACUGUGAAGGCUUAUCCUGACUUCUCUUUGGAUUCACGCUUUGCCCAGCAGGUAGAGGAAAUUGCAGACGCUAUUGAGAACAACCAAACUCGCCAUGCAGAAUACCUAUCAGAGAAGCUGGUGCUAGAUUAUGGCACACAUGUCAUCACAAGUGUUGAUGCUGGUGCCACUUUGGAAGAAGAGGACUAUUUGAAAUCAUCUUAUGUUUCUGAUACACAGUCCUCUCAAUCAUCAGUCUCAGCCUCAGCUGGUGCCAACUUUUUCAACAAAGUUCAGUUUGAUAUUGGUAGUAAAGAAUCACAAACUACAUCUGAAACACGUAACUACCUGGGUAACGUUACUUACUCUAUAACACUGAGUCAUGGUGGAGCAUUGUUUUAUCCUGGCAUUACUCUUCAGAAAUGGCAGGAGAGUACUCUAAAUAAUCUGGUAGCUAUUGACCGUAGUGGACUACCACUACACUAUUUCCUCAAUCCAUCAGUGUUUUCAGACCUCCCACUUCCAACAGUGAAUAAACUAGCUCUGUUAGUAAGUCAGGCCAUAGAACGCUACUACAAGGUUAACACUCGUCCUGGAUGUGUAAAACCAGAUUCCAGAAAUUUUGACUUCCAGGCCAAUGUUGAUGACGCUUCCUGUGAAGGCCCAAGCACCAAUCUUAGCUUUGGGGGUGUUUACCAGCAGUGCACUCCCCUGACUCCAGACGGAGAUGUAAUCUGUCAGGAGCUUGCUUCAACAAACCCAGCCACUGGCUCCUAUUCCUGCAAGCAACCAUACAUCGCUACUCUAUUGCGCUCUGAAACACAGGAAAGACCAUAUGACCAGUAUGUGUGCAAUACGCAUUGUCACGAUUGUGGUUUUUUGGGACUAUUCACCUGUUGUGAUCAAGUCUGUGGAAAUGUGUACCAUGUUCGGCGUGCACAGAUUAACACUUACUGGUGCGCUACUAAUGGGGCAACUCCAGAAUUCUCUGGAUACCUCUUUGGGGGGAUAUUUGGCCCCUCCUUUCAAAACCCUUUAACCAAAUCCAGAUCUUGUCCUUCAAAUUUCUUUGCUCAGACAUUUUUGUCUAACGGCUUUAAAAUAUGUCUAAGCAGCGACUACGAGACAGCAACCAAAUUUUCUGUACCUUUUGGAGGAUUUUUUAGCUGCCAGUCAACCAAUCUACUUGCAGGAGGUCAAUCUCACUGCCCACCGCAGUUCAGUCAACACCUUGCUACCAUAACUGAUGGGUGCCAAAUAUUGUUCUGUGUUCAGUCAGGUAUUUUUACGGGCGGAGAGUUAAAACCCAUCCACCUGCCACCUUUCACAAGACCUCCAGUGAUCAGUAUGUUAGCCACAAACACUGUGGCUGUGAUGACCGAAGGCGAUCAGGCCUGGGUGAGAGUCAAAGAUACUAAAAUGUGGAAGGUAGCAAAAACCGCAGACAUCGCCAAAAUGUCCCAAAUUUUUGACAACUCCCCUCAGGCAGCAGGGAAAAAAGCUGGCAUUGCCUUUGGUGUUCUUGCUCUGAUUGCUCUUGUGGUGACAGUAGCAGUGGUAGUGGUGAAAAAGAAGAGGUGGGUUUCUGGGCUCAGAAGAGGCCGGGGCUAUGAGGAGUUUCAAAGUAGAGCACAAAUGGAGAGCAGUUUUGAUGGCCCAGCAGAACAAGAGUCUCAAAGCCCAAGUCAACCUCUCUUAGCAUAAUGUCCCUGUCCUGGGAGAAAAGUCGUUUUUUACUAUCCUCUACUAUCAAAAAUCACCUCAUUAUUGUUUAUUUUAAAAUAGCUUACUGGCAAAGGACAAUCACUAUUGCCCACUAUUGUUUUUCAAUGAUCCGAACUAUAUUCAAAUUAAUUGAGUGGUGGUUAUCUCUUGGAUAUAUUGGGUCUUUAUGUUCUUUAGAUAUUAAGGUGAAAUCAUUUGUUUUAAUAUUGUAAAGGCAAUGGCAGUAAUACAUUAGCAUAAUUCACAUUGUUCUCUCAGUUUCAGUCUAAAACUUUGUACAUACCUUUUUUGUUUGAUUUCAAUUAUAAAGCAGUAUUCUUUAAAAUUGUAGCUGUCAACCAUUCAAGUGUAAUUAAAAUGAAAUCAAAUAAAAAUGUUCUACCAUAAA